AUGUGGGAGUUCCGCUCUCUGUCUUUUUGGCGGGCGGUUUUCGCCGAGUUCUACGGCACCAUGUUCUUCGUCUUCUUCGGGCUCGGUGCGGCCCUGCGCUGGACCAGCAGCUCCUAUAACGUGCUCCAGGUGGCCUUCUGCUUCGGGAUGGCCGCAGCCACGCUCAUCCAGUCGAUAGGCCACAUCAGCGGCGGCCACAUCAACCCGGCCGUCACCUUCGCCUACGUGAUCAGCUCCCAGAUGUCCCUGUUUCGUGCCUUCUUCUACAUCUGCGCUCAGUGUCUGGGGGCGCUGGCCGGGGCUGCUGUGCUGUACGGGGUGACACCGAGCAAUGUGAGAGGAAACCUGGCUCUUAACACACUGCAGCCUGGCAUCAGCCUGGGCAUGGCAACCACCAUCGAGGUGUUUCUCACUCUGCAGCUGGUGGUUUGUGUGUUUGCCGUGACCGACGAGAGGCGUAACGGACGACUGGGUUCUGCUGCUCUAUCCAUCGGGUUCUCUGUUUUCAUGGGUCAUCUGUUCGGGAUGUACUACACUGGUGCUGGAAUGAACCCUGCCAGGUCCUUCGCACCAGCUGUGCUCUUCAGGAACUUCAUCAACCACUGGGUGUACUGGGUUGGUCCACUGAUCGGUGGUGCUGUUGGCGCUCUUCUCUAUGACUUUGUGCUGUUCCCACGUAUGCUCGGUUUCUCAGAGAGAAUCGCUGUGCUCAAAGGCAGUCGACCCGCCGAAACCGAUGGCCAGCAGGACACGCGGGGAGAGCCCAUCGAGCUCAAAACGCAGGCCCUGUAAACACGUUCAGGAAAGGCGCCAUCAAUCAGCCAGCAGAGGUCACAACUGCACCAGUCAUGAGAGAGAGAGAGACCCCAUCCGGCUUAGUACCACCCAUCUGAACAACAGGCCAAUCGUUGUUCAUGUGGCCGCUUAGCCUUAGCCGGCAGGCAGAGG